UCGCAGACUUUGUGCUGGAACUGAUGCGGAAAGGCAGAACGGCUCCUCAGCUGGCUUCAUGGUGCUAAAAUAACCUUACGAUUCUGCACUUUUUGCUGCCCAGGGAGGAUACAUGUCUAAUAUCUAGGCAUGAUGGCAGUCUUGGUACAAACGAGAACUUUUUUCAUCCUCGCUGCUUUAUUAGGCCGAUUUGUAACCCUAAAAGCGCAAGAAGUGGAAGAGUAUGAAGGUGGAGAAGAUGGUGAAGAAAUAGCCUGCACUCAGAAUGGACAGAUGUACCUGAACAGGGAUAUUUGGAAGCCCUCACCAUGCCAAAUCUGUGUCUGUGACAAUGGAGCUAUUCUUUGCGAUGAAAUCCAGUGUCAGGACCUACUGGAGUGUGAGAACCCCCAGGUGCCCCCGGGAGAGUGCUGUCCUGUGUGUCCCCACACACCACGGGACUUUGACCCCACCAUAGGUAGAGGAAGAAAGGGACAAAAAGGAGAACCUGGAAUAGUGCCACCUGUUUCAGGCAUACGAGGCCGCCCGGGACCAGCCGGACCUCCAGGCUCACAAGGUCCACGAGGAGAACGAGGACCAAAGGGAAGACCUGGUCCUCGUGGUCCUCAAGGGAUUGAUGGGGAACCUGGUAUCCCUGGCCAGCCUGGUGACCCUGGUCCUCCAGGGCAUCCCACUCACCCAGGACCAGAUGGAAUAAGCAGGCCCUUUUCAGCUCAGAUGGCAGGACUGGAUGAGAAGUCUGGACUCGGUAGUCAGAUGGGACUGAUGCCUGGUGCAGUGGGUCCAGUGGGUCCAAGAGGUCCUCAGGGUCUCCAAGGAAAACAAGGUGGUGCUGGUCCCACAGGCCCACCUGGUGAACCUGGAGAUCCAGGACCUAUGGGGCCAGUUGGUUCUCGUGGACCAGAGGGACCUCCAGGCAAACCUGGUGAAGAUGGUGAACCUGGUAGACCAGGACAAACCGGUGAGCCUGGAUUUCCAGGAUCUCCAGGCCCUCGAGGCUUUCCUGGUGCUCCUGGUCUGCCAGGUCUCAAGGGUCACCGGGGAUUGAAAGGCCUUGAUGGUCCAAAAGGUGAAAUUGGAGCAGCUGGAGCAAAGGGAGAGUCUGGACCAACGGGAGCCAUGGGUCCAACAGGUCCUCUAGGACCUAGGGGAAUGCCAGGAGAAAGAGGACGAAUUGGACCACAGGGUGCCCCUGGUGGACGUGGCCAGCAUGGUAUGCCUGGGAAGCCAGGCCCAAUGGGACCACUUGGUAUAACUGGAUCUCCAGGUUUUCCUGGUAUUCCUGGCAUAAAGGGUGAAGCAGGUCCAACAGGUCCUCGAGGUCCUGAAGGUCCUCAAGGACAAAGAGGUGAAACAGGUCCUCAGGGCCCAGCUGGGUCACAAGGUCUUCCUGGCGCUGAAGGGACAGAUGGUUCCCCCGGUGCAAAGGGCCCUACUGGAUCCCCAGGCACUGGAGGCCCCCCCGGAUUAUCAGGCCCCCCUGGUUCCCCAGGACCACAGGGCAGCACCGGCCCCCCCGGGAUUCGAGGCCAGCCGGGAGACCCUGGUGUCCCAGGUUUCAAGGGAGAAGCAGGACCCAAAGGUGAACCUGGCCCACAAGGUCCCCAGGGUCCCAUUGGCCCCAUAGGUGAAGAAGGGAAAAGAGGUCCUCGAGGUGAUCCAGGGUCAGUGGGUCCACCAGGUCCUGUUGGAGAGAGGGGUGCUCCUGGUAACCGUGGUUUCCCAGGUUCUGAUGGCUUGCCUGGACCAAAGGGAGCCCAAGGAGAGCGUGGUCCAGCAGGAUCUUCUGGACCUAAAGGAGGUCAGGGAGAUCCUGGACGUCCUGGUGAGCCUGGCCUUCCAGGUGCAAGGGGUUUGACAGGAAAUCCAGGUGUUCAAGGCCCUGAAGGAAAACUUGGCCCCUUGGGUGCUCCUGGGGAAGAUGGACGUCCAGGCCCAGCAGGUUCCAUAGGAAUCAGAGGCCAGCCAGGCAGCAUGGGCCUUCCUGGGCCCAAGGGUGGUAGUGGUGAUCCUGGAAAACCUGGAGAAGCAGGCAAUGCAGGAGUCCCAGGACAGAGAGGAGCCCCUGGCAAAGAUGGUGAAGUUGGCCCUUCUGGUCCUGUUGGCCCACCAGGUCUGGCAGGAGAAAGAGGAGAACAAGGCCCUCCAGGUCCUACAGGGUUUCAGGGCUUGCCUGGGCCACCAGGUCCUCCAGGUGAGGGAGGAAAACCAGGUGAUCAGGGCGUGCCUGGAGAUCCUGGAGCUGUUGGUCCAUUGGGCCCCAGGGGAGAACGUGGCAAUCCAGGGGAAAGGGGAGAACCAGGUGCCUCAGGUCUCCAGGGUGAAAAGGGGAUGGCUGGAGGCCAUGGUCCUGAUGGCCCAAAGGGAAGUCCAGGCCCUAGUGGGACACCUGGAGAUCCAGGACCACCAGGCCUUCAGGGCAUGCCUGGAGAGAGAGGGAUUGCUGGAACACCUGGCCCUAAGGGUGAUAGAGGCGGCGUAGGUGAGAAAGGUGCUGAAGGUACAGCUGGCAACGAUGGGGCAAGAGGUCUCCCUGGUCCAAUAGGCCCAAUGGGUCCAGCAGGUCCCACUGGGGAAAAGGGUGAACCAGGUCCUCGAGGUCUAGUUGGUCCUCCUGGUUCCCGUGGAAACCCUGGUUCCCGAGGAGAGAAUGGCCCAACUGGCGCUGUUGGUUUUGCUGGCCCCCCGGGCCCUGAUGGUCAGCCUGGUGUCAAAGGUGAACCUGGAGAACCUGGACAGAAAGGAGAUGCUGGAUCUCCAGGACCACAGGGUCUUGCUGGGUCUCAUGGUCCCCCAGGCCCUCCAGGUGUUCCUGGUCUGAAAGGUGGUAGAGGAACUCAGGGUCCACCUGGUGCUACUGGAUUCCCAGGAUCUGCUGGAAGAGUUGGGCCUCCAGGACCUACUGGAGCCCCAGGGCCUGCUGGGCCUAUUGGUGAGCCAGGAAAAGAAGGUCCCCCAGGUCUUCGUGGUGAUCCUGGUUCUCAUGGCCGUGUGGGAGAUCGAGGGCCAACUGGGCCUCCUGGUGGCCCUGGGGACAAGGGUGACCCAGGGGAUGACGGGCAGCCGGGCCCAGAUGGCCCCCCUGGCCCAGCAGGAACUACUGGUCAAAGAGGAAUUGUUGGAAUGCCAGGACAGCGAGGGGAGAGAGGCAUGCCUGGGCUGCCAGGGCCUGCAGGUACUCCAGGAAAGCAAGGUCCCACAGGGCCACCUGGUGACAAAGGUCCCCCAGGACCUAUUGGCCAGUCAGGUGCCACUGGGCCUGUAGGUGAAGCUGGUCCAGAAGGACCUGCUGGUAAUGAUGGUACUCCUGGACGAGAUGGAGCUGUUGGAGAACGUGGUGAUCGUGGUGAACCUGGCCCUGCAGGCUUACCAGGUUCUCCAGGAGGUCCAGGAACUCCAGGUCCUGUUGGCCCUCCAGGAGAUGCAGGUCAAAGAGGUGAAACUGGUUCUCGAGGUCCCAUGGGUCCCCCAGGCCGUGCAGGAAAGAGAGGUUUGCCUGGUCCCCAAGGACCUCGUGGUGACAAAGGUGACAAUGGAGAUCGAGGUGAUAGGGGCCAGAAAGGACACAGGGGUUUCACCGGACUUCAAGGCCUUCCUGGCCCUCCUGGUCCAGUUGGUGAACAGGGCAGUCCUGGCAUUCCAGGCCCAUUUGGUCCUCGGGGUCCUCCAGGUCCAGUUGGUCCUUCUGGAAAAGAUGGAAGUCCUGGUCCACUUGGGCCAACUGGGCCUCCUGGUGUUAGAGGGACUGUGGGAGAGGCUGGACCUGAGGGCCCACCAGGUGAGCCUGGUCCUCCUGGCCCUCCAGGGCCCCCAGGCCACCUCACCGCUGCCAUCGGUGACAUCAUGGGACACUAUGACGAUGCCAUGGCCGAUCCACUCCCAGAGUUCACUGAAGAUGAAGCAGCCCCUGAUGACCACAAUAAAACAGACCCAGGAGUCCACGCCACGCUGAAGUCUCUGAGCAGCCAGAUCGAGACCAUGCGCAGCCCCGAUGGCUCCAGGAAGCACCCAGCGCGCACCUGUGACGACCUGAAGCUGUGCCACCCCUCCAAGAGGAGCGGUGAAUAUUGGAUUGAUCCUAACCAAGGGUGUGUUGAAGAUGCUAUAAAAGUGUACUGCAACAUGGAAACUGGGGAGACCUGCAUUGCUGCCAACCCAUCCAGUGUGCCCCGCAAAACUUGGUGGGCCAGCAGGUCCUCUGACUUAAAGCCUGUUUGGUAUGGCCUUGAUAUGAACAGGGGAUCACAGUUCGUGUACGGGGAUACAGCUGUCACUCAGAUGACAUUCCUGCGCCUCCUGUCCAAGGAAGCCUCCCAGAACAUCACCUACCUUUGCAAAAACAGUGUUGGGUACCUGGAUGACCAGACAAAGAACCUGAAGAAAGCUGUGAUUCUGAAAGGGGCCAAUGACCUGGAGAUCAAGGCAGAGGGAAACAGCCGCUUCAGAUACACUGUUCUGCACGACAGCUGCUCUAAACGUAAUGGGAAUGUGGGCAAGACAGUUUUUGAGUACAGAACGCAGAACGUGGCGCGCUUACCCAUCAUCGAUAUCGCACCAGUGGACAUUGGCAGUACCGACCAGGAAUUUGGAAUUGAAAUUGGGCCAGUUUGCUUUGUGUAAGAGCAAGGGGGGAAUAUAACACACUACCCAGCAACAGCAGCAGUUAAACAUGAACUUAGACUGAUUGAAGUUAAUCCUGAGACUCUUGAAGUAAUGGCUGAUAUUGGAUCAGCAUUGUAUAUACAGCUCUUUCUAAAUGCCCAGCCUCCUUUUGAAUAUUUAUUUUACUUACAAACCUUCUGUUUCCAAUGAUUGAAACCAAUUGUUUAGUACAAUUUUAAGAGGAUUGAUGACAACCUUCAAAAAGUAAUAUGAAUCCUUUUCCUCAAUUUUGUUUCGAAUUAUUCUGACAUUUCCAGAUAUUCAAAAUAGAUAGAUUUAAUAUGGAUCUAUGUAAAAGUUCUAAUGAUUAUUUCUUUUGCUUUGAUGUGUACUGAAUAACAGAAAAGUAGAGCACUUUUGUGAACCGUUGGCUGUAUUUCAAUCAUACCUGCUCCCUGUACCCCAGUUUGUGUUCCUGUGGUUGCCCUUCACAGAAAGCUGUGUCUUUUGUAGAAGAAAAUCUCUUCAGACAAGAUCAUCUUAAUUUGGCAUUGUUUUUCUUGCACUUUUCUAUGUAAGUCUGCUCAGAAGAGUGAUCCAUAGCCAUGGUUAAUUUAUGAAGUAAAAAUAUUACUGGGG